CAACAAGCUCCUGAAAUCUCUCCUUCUCUCCACCAUGCUUGGGUAUGCCAUUGCCUGGCGCUUGUGAUUCGUGUCUGUUCCAUAAUUACCUUCGAUCCAAAAGGCUGCGAGGCCCCUUAAGAAUUGCGACCUGACCUCCGCUGCUGUUCUCAACCCCCACCUCAUUCGCAAUGGCAGCUCAAACCCCUGCCGUUGUCAUGGACAACGGUACCGGAUUCUCGAAACUCGGGUUCGCCGGCAAUGAUUCUCCGUCUUUUGUUUUCCCCACAGCGAUUGCUACAAAGUCUGCGGGUAGUGUAGGAGGCGGAACAGGUUCCGGUCGGCCUGCAGUCGCCAACAAGCCGUCAUUCCUCACAGGUGGUGCUGGUCCCGGCUCACAGCUAUCGGGAAAGCGGGGGACGGAAGAUUUGGAUUUCUCUAUCGGAGAUGAAGCUAUUAAUGCGUCGGGUGGCCCCGGAUAUGGUAUCAACUAUCCAAUUCGCCAUGGCCAAAUUGAGAACUGGGAUCACAUGGAACGGUUCUGGUCGAAUUCCAUCUUCAAAUAUCUCAGAGUUGAGCCUGAAGACCACUAUUUCCUUCUCACGGAACCUCCAUUGAACCCGCCUGAAAACCGAGAAAAUACUGCGGAGAUCUUCUUCGAGUCGUUCAACUGCGCCGGUCUCUACAUCGCUGUUCAGGCUGUCCUAGCCCUUGCAGCCUCGUGGACGUCUUCCAAAGUAACAGAUCGCUCCCUCACCGGUACCGUAAUCGACUCUGGCGAUGGUGUCACCCAUGUAAUCCCUGUGGCGGAGGGAUAUGUUAUUGGGUCCUCUAUCAAAAGUAUACCCAUUGCUGGGCGAGACAUUACGCAUUUUGUUCAAAAUCUGCUUAGGGAGCGACAAGAAGCAGACAGCUCAAUGAAGACAGCCGAAAAAGUGAAGGAGGAAUAUUGUUACGUAUGCCCGGAUAUCGUGAAGGAAUUUGCCCGCUACGACCGAGAACCCGACCGAUUCUUGAAACACACCGUAACAUCGCCCAAUGGCCGAAGUGUCACCAUCGACAUUGGAUAUGAGCGUUUUCUGGCUCCGGAAAUCUUCUUCAACCCAGAAAUAUACUCGUCAGAUUUCCUUACCCCCCUCCCCACUGUCGUAGAUGGCGUCAUCCAAUCCUCUCCUAUCGAUGUUCGCCGGGGUCUGUAUAAGAAUAUCGUCCUUUCCGGAGGUUCGACGUUAUAUAAGGACUUUGGCCGGCGUUUGCAGCGUGAUAUUAAGCACUUGGUUGACGCCCGAAUUCGCACAUCGGAAGCUAGGAGUGGCGGAGCUCGCAGUGGUGGCCUUGAGGUUCAAGUUAUCACCCAUAAACGGCAACGGCAUGGCCCGUGGUUCGGAGGAAGCUUGCUGGGCCAGACACCGGAAUUCCGCAGCUAUUGUCACACCAAGGCUGAAUACGACGAGAUCGGACCAAGCAUUGUCAGAAGAUUUGCUUUGCUCGGUGGACCAGGAAGCACCUAGAUACUUCCACCUUAAGCAUAUCUGUUUAUUAAUGUAUAUCGUUCGCGUUUUCCUGGCCUCUCUCUUCGCGCCACCCUACCUUAAAUGUUCAUUUUGAUUUGUUUUCUAUUUUAUCGUUUUACAUUUAUUUUAUCUCUCGCCUUGUGUCCGGCUUAGAGCUGGAUAACAACAGCAAAAGCUUAAAAUGAAUGAUCCCAAGGAGAAUAUAGAAUCUACACGCACUCCUUCCUCACCCUAUUCUUGCUUUCCCAGGCCGGCGAAUUUGGGGGAUUAAGAUCCGCGACAACAAUGACACUCGACAUUGUUUAUACGCCAUGGAAUAACACUCUAAUGGCCUCUGUAUCCUAGCAAAAAUGGAACCUAUCUCUCUCUAUAUAUAGGUUUCCGUAAUACACACCAAGAAUCCGAUUCCCAUUACC